AUGUCUUCUUUAUUCCUCUCAAGAAGACCUUUUUCUUUCUUUACCAUUACUACUACUACUACUACUACUACUGCUGCCCCAACAAUGAUAAGAAGAGGAAUGCGUCGAGCCACACUGCCACGCUCCUCUCUCUCAUCAUCACUCCUCUCGCGCGGGAUCUCAACAGACCAGCAGAAAAAGAAGGAAGAAAAACCCUCCGAAUGGAAAGAGUUUGAGGAUUUAACGCUUAGACUUCAAGACCAAGUAGGAAAGAUUGGUGAAAGAGUCUCCCAGGUUGAUACAGUUCUCCAGCAACAAGUAAAUGGUUUUUCUCUCAUGCACAGACAACAGGCAGUGAUGGAAAGACGCAUUGUCGCUUUGGAAGAAGAAGCCGCACGAACACAACAAAAAAUUGCAGAAACAACACGAUUGGCUUCCGAUGUGGUCUUGCAACACCGCAAUGUGGAGGUUUUGGUGCAGCAGAUGGAAAAACUGGUUCUUAAAUACGCCGCAUCUUUAUCAGGAAAUGCUAAAAUGUCUUCCUCCACUACUAAAGAGUGUGAAGAAGAAGAAAAAGAAAAAGAACAACAAAGGGAAGAAAAGAAAUCACUUCCUACGAUGAGUACAAGCUCUACCACUCCAGAUGUAUCCUCCGUUCCUGCAAUGAUGAUGACAUCUAAUGUUGUUGCCCCAACAGCAAUGAGUGGAAUUGCGGCGCAAAUCAGCGCUCUCAAUACCCGUGUAGAGGCACUGCAAGCACGUGUUGAGCAACUCACAAUGAAUAAACUUAUCUUGGAUAGAGUUUUGCCGCACACACAACAACAACAACAAGAACAACAGAAAGAGAAAGAGAAAGUGGAACUGGCUGUAGAUCAGGUGAAGGCAGCUGCCGUAUCGGGAUGUAGUGAAGAGAAGACAUCCUCUUCCCUUUCCCCAAAGGCAUUGGCCACACUAUUGAGGAAUACUGGAGCAUUUCCUUUUAAGGAUAACACUGGUACUACACGUAUUAGUAGUCAAAAGGUUCUUAUUCGAGGUGUUCCUGUUAACUUUGGGGCCGCAGAUGUUCGUGAUUUGGCUUCACGUGUGGGGAACGUGAUUACAUGUGUGGUACGGCGAAUACCAAUUAUCUCUACAAAUAAUACUACUAAUACUACUACUAGUACUAUUGCAGCGGGAUCUAAGCCACCCCGGUAUAGAUCACAGCAGCAAGAGGAUAAUGGAAAUGACUGUAAAGAUGACUCUGAUAAUACUGAAAAUCGUAAUUCUUCUUCUACUUCUACUUCUAUUUCUUCUACUUCUAUUUCUUCUACUUCGACUGCGGCUGUCAAAGAGGAAGAAGAAGAAGAGGAGAGAGCCUUUGAGGUAACAUUUCAGGCGGUGGAGCAGGCCGUGCGUGCGGUGCUAGAGUUGGAUAAACACAAACUUCAUGGGAAUUAUACAAUCUCUGUUGAGCCUGUAGUAGCCGCUGAUAUUCUUGCGGCACUGCAGCAGUUAGAGCGGGAUUCAAAGAAACGGUGA